AUGAAUUAUUGGUUAUUUAACACAGUCCUUAUAGGAUGUCUCUCAACAAUCAACAAUGAUCCGGCGCUUAGAGCAUUACCUUAUCGGAUCCUUAUCAGUAAUGUUGAACGGAUGUUGUUAUCUCGGAAGGGCUUCGGAAGCGGUUCCGAAACAACUUCCAAGACGAGUCGACUCCCAAGACUCGAAUCGAGUAUAAAACAUGGAUUCCGAGUCCACGAGUGGACCCUGCUUUCGGCAACGCUCAAUUCAUCUAGAACCAGCUUCAAAAUGUCUUUCAACUCCAGUAGGAGAUCCGUUGUACAUUCGACCAAAGGAAUUGUCGCCUGUUCACAACCUCUUGCUGCGUCGGCAGGUAUCAAGAUCCUAGAACUCGGUGGGAACUCCAUUGAUGCAUCAAUCGCCGUUUCUGCAUGCUUAUGUGCUCUGGAACCGGCGUCUACUGGUAUAGCUGGCGAUUGUUUUCUCCUGCAUUUCGAUGCUUCCACUAAAGAAGUUAUAGGAAUGAAUGCGACCGGUCGAACCCCAUCAAAGCUGUCGUACGAGUUUUUGAAAGAGACAAAUGCAGUGGACCCCAAUGCAUGCCGAUUGCCCAAACAUUCCGUACAUGCAAUUACCGUACCUGGCGCCAUAGCUGGAUGGAUUGACGCUUAUGCGAAAUUAGGUUCCGGAAAUGUCACUCUGGAGCAGAUAUUUCAACCUGCGAUUGAUCUGUGCUCUAAUGGGUACCCUGUGAGCGAAAUUUCCGCUUAUUUAAUCCAAAUAUCUUGGAAGACCUUGCAGCGUCAAAACUCUCAGAAUCCUGCUUUAUUGAAUUGUUUCGCUCCAAUUAAUAGACCUGGAGAACCGCCUCGAGAUGGUGACAUCUUGAAGAAUCCGUCACUCGCCGAAGCUUUUGAACUGAUUGCUAAAAAUGGGAAAGAUGGAUUUUAUCGGGGUCCCAUUGCUGAGGCAAUCGUAGACGAGAUUGAAUCGAGACAGGGCGUGCUUUCUGCCUAUGAUCUGGCAAAUAACGAAACCACGUUUGUCAACCCGAUCUACCUAGAUUUUUUGGGACACCGCAUUUGGGAAAUUCCACCUAAUGGUCAGGGUCUCGUUGUUUUGCUCGCACUGGGUAUCAUUCGGGAAUUGCACGCAUCCGGCAAAAUCAAUCUGUUUGAGCUCAAGCACAACUCUCCAGAAUACUUACAUCUGCUCAUCGAAUCUCUUAAAAUUGCAUUUUACGACUCUGACGAGUACGUUUCAGAUCCCGAUUAUCAGGACGUGAACAUCCUAGACAGAUUGCUGUCGAGAUCAUAUUUGAAGUCCAGAGCCGCGUUAUUCAAGGGCGAUUCCAUUAUUGACUCGAGAACAAUGAAAUAUGGAGUACCCGACGCUGAUCUUAACCAGUCUGACACGGUUUAUUUCACAGUGAGUGACCAAAAUGGUAAUGCUACAUCAUUUAUCAACUCGGUGUUUAUCGAAUUUGGAUCUUCGAUUAUUCCCAAAAAGUUUGGCGGGUUUACAUUGCACAACCGAGGUUCCAACUUCAACUUAACCGAGAAUACCAAGAACUUCUUGCAGCCCAACAAAAGACCAUAUCAUACAAUAAUUCCAUCCAUGAUUACGGAUCCAGAUACGGGCGAUCUUUUGUACAGUUUUGGAAACAUGGGUGGAUUCAUGCAACCUACGGGACACGUUCAACAUUUUUUGAAUUUGGUUUUAUUCAAGAUGACGCCGCAAGAAUCUUUGGACUCUCCUAGAAUAUGUCUUUCGCCAAAUCCCAAAUUCGCUUCUUUGGACCGCGGGCUGGGAUCUCACGGUCCCGUCUCUACUCCAGUGACUCUAGUAUCAACGGAAGAAGACAUGCCAAAAACCACCGUGCAAGGACUGCGCAAUUUGGGGCACGACGUCGAAGUCUUGUCCGGUAUGGACCGUAGUCUUUUCGGACGUGGCCAAAUCAUUAAAAAGACUAAGUUUGACAGUGUAGGGAGUUUUUCGUAUUCUGCAGGCAGCGACAAACGAGGCGACGGCUGCGCCAUCCCUUUGAUUUAG